AUGCAGCUAUGUUCCGAUGAGCAGAUCGAAGAAUUUUGGCAAAUGUUCACUCCAGAGGACAUUAAGAGGGCUUUCUUCUCUCUUCCAAGAAACAAGACUAGUAGACCGGAUGGCUAUUCAGUGGAGUUCUAUAUUCUGCUGGCAUCGCGACUUAAAGAGAUUCUUCCUCUGAUAGUUUCUAAGUCUCAAUCAGCUUUUCUACCGGGGAGGCUACUGGCAGAAAACGUUUUGCUUGCUACGGACCUCGUUAAUGGCUACAACACUCAAUGCAUCUCUGUGCGUGGUAUGUUUAAAGUUGAUCUAAGGAAAGCAUUCGACUGCAUCAGAUGGGACUUCAUCAUAGCGUCCCUGCGUGCCCUCGCAAUACCUGAAAGCUUCAUCAGGCUAAUCUCAGAAUGCCUCUCUACUGCCUCGUUCUCCAUCUCCAUUAACGGUGACUUGGGUGGGUUCUUUAACAGCACCAGAGGUAUUCGCCAGGGCGAUCCCCUGUCACCAUACCUCUUCAUCCUGGCUAUGGAAGGUCUAUCGAGACUUCUCGCCGCUAGAUACGAUAUGGGAGAUAUUGGAUACCAACCAAGAACUGAGAACGUCAAGAUCUCCCACCUCAUAUUUGCAGACGACGUUAUGGUAUUCUUUGACGGUUCAAGCAACAGCCUGCACGAAAUCUCUGAAUGCUUUGAUGACUUAGCCUCUUGGUCGGGCCUGACUGUGAACUCCACCAAGACGGAACUCUUCACCGCGGGUUUGGACCGAGGGGAAUCAUUAGCCAUAGCUCGCUAUGGAUUCCUUUCUGGUGCCUUCCCCAUUCGGUAUCUUGGCCUCCCUUUGGUUACUCGCCAGCUAAUCAAGCACUUAGGGCCUCUCGGUCCUAGAGCCUUGCGAGUUAGAGAUGACGCUGUGGUAGCGGACGCUAUCAAUGGUGCAGUAUGGACUUUACCUCAUCCCCGCUCUCAGCAGGAAGUUGAACUACACACUUACGUUACUACUAUUACUUUUCCUUUAACUCAUGAUAUUGAUGAUUGCUAUGAAUGGCUUGCUGGUGACUGUCCUAUUCAUUCUUUCAGCUCUUUCAAUACAUUGAAAGCGUUGAGACCCAAGAUGGAGGUUAAAGAUUGUCAUGAUGUGGUCUGGUUCAAAGGAGCGCUACCAAAACAUGCAUUCACCAUGUGGACGGCAAACUAUGAUAGGCUGCCAGCGAAGGCCAGGCUUGCAGGCUGGGGUAUUCAGAUUUCUCCACUUUGUUCCUUCUGCUCAAACGCAAUCGAAACUAGGGAGCACUUGUUCUUGGCCUGGGCUACAGGCUUGACGUUUGGAGUGAGGUCUUCGGUAGAUGCCAUCCUCCCACCUCGCCACUCACAAAUUGGGCUGAGCUGCUCUCUUGGAUACGACAGCCUCUUUCUAAAAGUCUUUUUCUACUUGGGAAGCUUGCUGCGCAAACGAUGGUAUUUCAUCUCUGGAAACAGCGGAAUAAUCUGA